AUGACUCGUACACAAGUCCCUUACCCAUCUCCAACUACUUUGAAGAAGUUCCCCCACGUUCAUGAUGACCCUUCCACCCUCUCUCAUGCCCUGGACCCCUUCACCAUCACUACAUCCACCGGCUUCUUGCCCUAUGCCACUGCCCCUGUGCAUCUGCCUGAAGCUUUCAAGCCCCUUGUAUCUCUCCUUGACCGUCUACCCGUUGUCAAGCUCGAUGGGAAGCCUGGUCUCCUGGCGACCUACGAGCUUGGUCAUGCUACCGAGGCCGAACUCCCUGACCUGACCGACGAGGUCGAAAAGCUUGUCAUGCCUGACGGUUCCCCGGACCGCUUCACUCUUACCGCGGUCUUCCGAGACUAUACCUUCCUGGCCUCCUCAUAUCUGCUCGAGCCUUGCUGGGAGAACUGGUGCAAAAACCCCGACCAGGGUUACGGCCUUGGUCGAGAUGUCCUACCUAAGGCUGUUGCUCGCCCCAUGUACCGUUGUGCUCAGAUUCUGGAUCUUCCCCCCUUCAUGUCCUAUGCUGCUUCCUAUGCGCUUUUCAACUACCACCUGGAUGAUCCUUCCAAGGGACUGGAUGAGUACUCCAAUCUUCGUCUCGUGCGCGCAUUUGAGCGUGGCCAUGACCCGAAAAGCUCAGAGGCUGGCUUUAUCUUGACCCAUGUUGAUAUGGUCAAGCAGUCUGGUGCUCUCAUCGCCGGAGCACUCCGAGUCGUUGACACACUCGAGCAGCAUGGCUCUCGUUCGGAAGUCAAUGAUGGCUUCCGUGAGAUCCUGAAUGCCAUGGAGAAGAUCGAGGCCUCCAUGGAAGAUAUGUGGGGUAACUCCAAGCCCUCUGAGUACCUCUCCUUCCGAGUCUUUAUCUUUGGUAUCACAUCGCAGUCCAUGUUUCCGAACGGCGUGGUCUACGAGGGUGUUGAAGACAACAAGCCCCUCUUCUUCCGUGGCGAGAGUGGUGCCAAUGACAGCAUUAUUCUGCACGAAUUCCGAGCCUAUCGGCCCCUGCCGCAUCGCGAGUUUUUGACCUACGUCCGCGAGAAGGCUGAGAAUAUUGGCGUGCGCGAUUAUGCCGUCCAAGAUUCUGAGACCGCUGUCCUUUUCCUCCGCACCCUGAAUCACGUCCGCAGCUUCCGUUGGCGCCACUGGCUGUUUGCCCGCGAGUAUAUCAUCCGUCGGACACCGCACCCGACUGCUACUGGCGGCAGUCCCAUCGUUACGUGGCUGCCCAACCAAUUGUCCGCUGUCAUGGACCUCAUGGUCUCCAUCUACGAUACCUUCUUGGCCCCUAAGGAGGGCGCCGCCAUCGUGAACGGACAUGAGGAUGUGAUCGCUUCGCACCGGAAGCAGGUGGAACCAAUGAUGGAGCUUGUACGCGACCAGAGGGAGAAGCUGGCGAAGGAGGUAGAGCGGUGGUGCCAGGAGCGCGGGGUUUAG